ACGAACCACACAGCUGUGGCCGUGCCGAGACAGCCCGCACCCGCUCCGCUGCCUACAAAGUGAGUGAGUAUAAACUCGCCGCGCACCACCCAUUGCUCGCCGUCCCCGUCCCCGUCCCCUUCCUUCCAGCGUCCUCUGCGAGAGACUGCAGCGACUGCCUCCGUGUGCGUGCGAGUGAGUGGGAGCGGAGAUGGCGACGCACUUCGUGCUCAACACCGGCGCCAAGAUCCCCUCGGUGGGGCUCGGCACCUGGCAGUCCGACCCCGGCGUCGUCGGCGAGGCCGUCUACGCCGCCGUCAAGGCGGGGUACCGGCACAUCGACUGCGCCAGGGCCUACAACAACGAGAAGGAGGUGGGUUUGGCUCUGAAGAAGCUAUUUGAAGAGGGUGUAGUCAAGCGUGAAGAUCUGUUUAUCACCUCUAAGCUAUGGUGUGGUCAUCAUGCCCCAGAAGAUGUGCCUGAGGCACUUGGGGAUUCCCUCAAUGACUUGCAGCUUGACUACUUGGAUCUUUACCUUAUCCAUUGGCCAUUUAGAGUCAAGAAGGGAACAAGCAUUGGCAACCCUGAAAACUUCUUACCACCUGACAUCCCAGCUACAUGGGGAGCAAUGGAGAAGUUACAUGAUGCCGGCAAAGCUCGUGCAAUUGGUGUGAGUAACUUCGCAUCGAAGAAAUUGGGUGACUUGCUUGCUGUAGCUCGCAUACCUCCGGCUGUUGACCAGGUGGAGUGCCAUCCUGGUUGGCAGCAAUCUAAACUCCAUAGCUUUUGUCAGUCGGCCGGUGUUCACCUCUCUGCGUACUCACCGCUAGGUUCGCCUGGUUCAACAUGGAUGAAUGGCAAUGUCCUCAAAGAACCCGUCGUCCUCUCAAUUGCAGAGAAGCUUGGCAAAACUCCUGCACAAGUGGCGUUGCGCUGGAACAUUCAGAUGGGCCACAGUGUACUGCCAAAGAGUGUGAGUGAAGAACGGAUAAAGCAGAACCUUGCUGUUUAUGACUGGUCUAUUCCAGAAGACUUGCUUGCAAAGUUCUCUGAGAUUAAGCAGGCUAGGCUGCUUAUGGGCAACUUCAUCGUCAACAAAGACAGCGUUUACAAGACCCACGAUGAGCUCUGGGAUGGCGAAAUCUAGGACAGCCCCCGUCGUGGUUGGGGGUUGGGCGUCUCAUUACUGUCAGUCACUUGUUUUUCCUUUGUUGAUAGCAGUGUCAGUCACUUGUUAUGUAUCACCAUAUGCGCUUAAGAAAUGUACGGGUUCAGUCACCCUGGAAACUAUUGAAUAGACGCACGGUUUACUCCCGUAGGUGAUAGGACCAUAGGAAGUGAGAUGACAUGUAUCUUAAGUUUCUGAAACUAUCUUGUGUUGCCGGUGGAGGCAUGAAUUUAUCAUAGCUUUUCAUGUCACUGGGAUUGUUUGUUCUGUAUGGAUCGUUCCUCCAGCGAAGUUGAUUCACAUGGUAAUAAAACUGGGGCCGUUUGUUUA